CUCCGGAUGUGGGAGGGAGUGAAACAUCUCGCCUCGCCUGCUGUUUUCCCCCCUCUCUGUUGGAGUACCGCUUUAAGAGCAGGGCGUAUACGUGCAUUGAGAAUGAGGAAAUACGUCGACUUUUUGUAAAUUCAGAUGAAGUCGCUGCUCUGGAUUGACCACAGUCGGUGACCAGCACUCAAUCUUGCCACUUGUCCAAAAAAACAUCAGCAGACAGCCGGCAAGCUGCAGCCCUGAGCGGCAAUGGCUAAUUCAAGCGUCGUGACACCAGGUCAGACUGGUCCAGGUGGAGGCGGAGGAGCAGAAGAGGGCAACCCCGGGUACAUCGCCUUUGUCCUGGUGCCGGUCUUCUUCCUGCUGGGCCUGCUGGGAGUGCUGAUCUGCCAUGUGCUGAAGAGGAAGGGCUACAGAUGCACCACCGAGGCUGAGGAUGAAGAUGGGGAGGAGAAGGAUGAGUGCAAUGGAGUGGAAAGGGACCCCGAGUUGGGUGGAGAACUAAAUGACACCUUCAGUGACAACAAUGACACCGUUGCACAGAUUGUCCGCUACAUCAUGACAAAUGAAGCAAACACAGACGCUCUUAAAGCCAUGAUCCAUGAGAACAGCAUUGACUCAGAUGGUCCGCCGCUCACUCCCACCUCCCCCUCCACCCCGACCCCUCCGCUGACUCCCGUGUCACCUGGGGCUCCUGCGGGCUCUGCCAAGCACACCUGCAACCACCUGCACACCAUCGGGGGUCCGGGCGGCCACAAGAACAUCUGCACUCGCUGCAGCCAGAAGAAAUGGCCGCUGGUGAGGAAGCCGUCGAGCAGCAGGGCAGAGCAGCGCCGCAGCCACCAUGGAGAAGUCACUGUCCUGGCUGUCGGCAGGUUCCGUGUGACAAAGUGUGAAAAGACGGCCAAGGAGAGGCGGACUCUGCUCAUCACCGAUUCCAACGGGAGCGUCCCGACGUCCCCGACGGAGGCGGAGCCUAAGAGCAGGACCACCUCUGAGUCCCAGCAGGAGCAGACAGGCAACUCGGACGACGACAAACGAUAAACACCCAGGACCGGGAACAGAGGCGGGAGAUGAGAACUGUACUUUUUUUUUUUUUUUUUUUUUUAAACCAAA